UGAUGUAUUCGCUGCAGUCGAGUACAAACCUUUCGGGUCUUCUGGCGCUAUUGCCAAACAAAUUGAAGUGUCUUUGCGAGAGUGCCUGAGUGUGGAUCUCCCUCGCUAUUGCGCGCAGUUUUUACUAGCAUAACUGCGUUCCUCUGUAUGUGCACGCUCCUUCCCUUACUUUAAUUACGGUUUUUUUUUUGUGUUUUAAAAGACAUGGCGUGUAUAUGGAUCAGUAAUCUCUGUCAUUUGAGAUGAGAGUUGUACUGAAAAUGUUUAGAAAGUUUGUUGGUGUUCUUGAUAUGUGAAUUACUGUAAAUUUGGGGAACAGAAAAAGUAUAAUUUAUUGGUUUUGAAGUGUUGCUUUCCAAAAUGUGUGCCAUGAGGAACAAUAAAAGAAACUCUUUGCCAAGUCUCACCAUGAAUAAGUUUUUCGUAAAUAAGCGUGCUUCAAUGUUUGAGCGAUGUGAGGAAACUCCAAGAGAAAAGAGAGAAUGGAGCCCAUGUGGUGCUGUGGAAACGUCUCAGCGGAAGAUGGAAGCUCGAAAGGAGGAGAAAAAGAAGGAAGCAAUGCGUGCAAGGCUAAAGCGUCAGUCAGAUCCUUAUGCAGAAGAAAGCAGUGAUGGAGAAGACGAAGAAAUUUCAGCAUCAGUGACAUCUGGCAAGGAUUCCAAAAAGGAAUCAAAGGCUUGUGGACAUGCUAAUCGCUCUGUUAAUGUUAAUUUAGUGAAGAGGACUUUAAAACAGGGCCAAAGCAUUGGAGAGUGUACACAAUGUCGGAAGGGUCAUAAAUCAGAACUCAAUGAUGAAGAUUCCAACAUUGUUUUUGACUCUUAUGAACCCGUAAUAUGGUUGUGCUUGUAUUGUGGACACCAAGGCUGUGAUAGAAAUACAAGAGAACGUCACGCUUUGCUUCAUUAUCGUACGCCACGUUCAGAUCCUCACUGUCUUAUCCUCAAUACUCAGGCUUGGAAUGUCUGGUGUUAUGAAUGUGAUUCCGAAGUACAGCAGACUAGUUCAAAAAAACUUCAUGAAAUAGUUGAGUAUAUCAAACGGCAAAAGGAUAUGGCACCAAAUCGUUCAACUCCUCCUAGGACCAUUCCAGAGAGUGCACAUGUGACGGGCCCCACCACUGGCUCUAUGACAAUUGCAAAAUGUUCUGUGGCUUCUUUUGAUGAUAAUUCCAAAGCUGCAAAGAAUCAGAGAAAUGCACAAGCUAGUGUUCUGGCAUCCUUGCCUAAAGUGAAGGGACUCAGCAAUUUGGGUAAUACUUGCUUCUUCAACUCCGUCAUGCAGUCACUUGCCCAAACUCAUUACCUCACACAGCUGCUUGAUGUUCAGUGUCAAAGCGGUCAGAGAGUUUACCUUCCAGGACAACAGACUUCAGAUCAAAGCAGAAAUGGAGAAAAUGAUGUUGAAAAACGUAUGACGGAAAAUGGAAGAAUAAAAAAGCAAAGGAAAGAAAUUAUUCAAGAAAAUGAAAAUGAAGAUGACGAGGAUGUGGAGUUGCAACCUCUGGAUUUAAUCUUACCAGAGGGUGGGAGUCUAACUCUAGCUACUGCAGUCUUUUUAAAAGACAUGCAUUCCGUGGGUAAAAAUGCAAUUCUCAACCCAGGGCACUUAUUUGGACAGAUUUGUAAGAAAAGUACGCAGUUUCAAGGAUAUGAGCAACAAGAUGCCCAUGAACUCCUGCGCUGUUUAUUGGAUGCCAUAAGGAACGAGGAAAUUCUAAGAUCCAAGAGAGCUAUUCUUAGGGCUUUUGCUUUGUCAGAAAAAACAGACCCAAAUUCAGUGAGUCCUCGACUUAAGAAGAUGAUUAAAGGCUACGGAAGGCAAGCCACUCACACCAUUAUUGAUCACAUAUUUGGAGGACAUUUGAUUAGUACUGUGUUUUGUGAGGAAUGCCAUUGGUCCUCCCAAGUUUUUGAGCCAUUUAUGGAUUUGUCACUUCCCAUAAAUGAGGAAAAGGGCAAACCUAAAAAAGGUUCACCAGAUGAAGAUGAUGCAGUAUUUGAUUGCUUUGGUCGGUCAUCAGGAAAUAAUCAGAUGUCUAAACAUCAGUUAAAGAAACUAAAAAAAGCAAACAAGAAAGAUAAGCGUAAUAAAAAUGGCAGGGCCAAAGGAGGUUUGGCUCCUCCUUGCAUUCGUGCAAACCCAGAAGAUAAGGAAGAAGAGAAUAAGAAUAACAAAUUUGAAAGAAGAAGAACAGAAAAGAGUCGCCCAGGAGAUGAGGAAGAAAAAACAAUAAUUUUAGAGGAGAAGCCCAAUGGUGGUGGUGUAAGCUUGCAGCGGGUGGAAAGUUGCAAGUUCAAACAGUUAAUGGCAGCAAGAAAGAUUAGUAGAAGAGAAAUUCAGAGUGAUGAUGAAGAAAGUGAUGACUCAGAAGAGGAAGAUGAUAGUUCCUUAGUUAAUGGAGAUGUAAAAAAAGAUCAAAAUGGAAUGGAAAAAGUAGAUGAAUCAAAAGACCACAAGAAAAAUGAUCAUGAGGAAGAGGAAGAAGAAGAGGAGGAGGAGGAGGAGGAUGAUGAUGAGAAUGAUGAUGACAAAAAAGGAGAUGAAAGUGAAGGAGGUUCCAAAAAGAAAGAUUCAUCCACAGAAAUCAGUGAUGCUGAUAUUGAAGACAACACAGACUCCGAAAGAGUUCGUCAUAAUUAUCACAACACUCGCCAGCCAUCUAUAGUUGUAGAGCAGUCUGAGAGUGAAAUCAGAAAUUCCAGUGAAGGGUUUCCACCUCAUCUUAGAGAGAAUUACAUCUACAUAUUCACCUAUAAUCUUGUAUUUUAUAGAAGAAGGCUGCCUCUUAAACCCCGUCGCUCUCUGCUUUCCAGAUGUUUAAACUCUUGCCAAUCAAGUGACCAUUUGAAUUAUAAUUCAGCAUCAGAAACAUCGGAAAGAUACUUCACUCCUAAUGAAAGAGAUUGCAAUGGACUGGACACAGGCGAUGAUCUAGAGAACUAUCAUGACCCAGUGGAAAGAGCUGAUAACACUUCAUUGAAGUCAGACAUAACAACAAACACAAGUGGCAAAGCAUCAUCUAGUCUAACUGGAGACAGCAUAUCUAUAUCAAGUGGGGAUACUAUAAACAACUAUGAAGCCGGAACAGGAAAGGUACCUGUGGACCAAGCACACAUGGAGGAAAUGUGCCUUAAGGUUGGGGAGUUGAAGAUCCGAAGAAAGUCUUGUAGUAAAGAAAGUUUAUUAGACACCCAGAAACUUAAUCAAAAGCGAGGUUCAACUGAGACACUUCACACAUUCAAAGAGAAGUCGACAGAUGGAGAUGAUGAAAGUAAAAAAAAGGCAAGAUAUAUGAAGAAAUUAAAACAGGAAUGGAUUGCAAGAAGUUUGACCACACUUGCUCCCAGGUACCAGUGUCGAAGUCAAGAAUGUUCAGUGAUGUCUUGUUUAACAAACUUCACAGCCCCUGAACUUUUAACUGGAAGUAACAAGAUUACAUGUGAGAACUGUACAAAUCUACACAACCAGGCUCAUCCAGAAGAUGAAGUGGAAUCUGUUAAAAGUAAUGCCAGUAAACAGUUGCUGAUCCUGUCUCCACCAGCUGUGCUAACUCUUCAGCUCAAACGCUUUCAUCACAUGGGUUGUAACCUUACCAAAGUUAACAGAUAUGUUCAGUUCCCUUUGGUACUGGACAUAGCCCCAUUCACAUCUUCUAUAUCAUUGGGCUUGGGCAACAUGUCUAGAGGUCAAAGUCAAGUACUGUAUGGUCUGUACGGAGUUGUAGAGCAUUCAGGUCGUCUUAACUCUGGUCAUUAUGUUGCCUACGUCAGAUCUAGGCCUCUGGACCCUAGCAGAACAAAUAAACAAUACCUAAAUCUCAAGCCUUCAAGUCAGUUUGAAAUAAAUCAGUUAGUUGCAGAAAUGGCUGAGAAAAUAGAGGCCUCUUCUGGUACUCUCAGCAAUGAAUUGAAAAAUACAUCAGGGAACAAAACUACUGUCGAUAAGGAGGAAUUUGAAGAAGAGGUCAAAGCUGGUCGUUGGUUCCACGUGUCUGAUACAUACGUAGCUGAAGUCAAUAUUGAAAGAGUUAUGAAGGCGCAAGCUUACCUAUUAUUCUAUGAAAGAUUGGUUUGAGAGGAACUUUUUGAUAGUUGUACAUAGGUUUUUUUAAGUGUGUACAAUAAGGGUAUUUAUUAUUUGUACAUUAUUCUGAUGAAUGUUCAUUGUAUAGAUGAGAUGUUUGUAUGAACCAGUGUUAUUAAGUAUUUAAUGUUUGAGAGCAGGAAUUGUAGAAUACUCAAAGAUUUCAGAUUCUUAGCAGAUAUGCUGUUUUGCAACCUAAGUUAUACUCUUCAGAACCAUUCUGUAGUUUAUAAAUUACCUGGAAAAUUAUUGACUCACUUUUCAUGUAAUUAUGUUUGCAGUCCUCAAUAAAAGAUUCAUAAAUGGAAAAAGCCAAGACAUUGUCUGAGAAAAGCAUAAUUUUUUUAGCUUUCAAGUUAAUCCUUGGCACUUCUUCCAAGGACACAAACAAUAUUUGAACCCCCUUUCAUUCUAUACUUAGAUAAUACAUUACGGGUUGAUUUCCUUUCAGUUAUUGAUGGUCAGGCUGUCUUACCUCCAUUAUAGCCACACCUUUUAACAAAGAGAUGUAUUACAAAAGCCUCCGAUAUAACCAGUUCUUUGCCUCGUCUCAUUUUUUUGUAAUUCUUUCUUACCUGUGUUCUGUGCUUUUAUAUUUAUUUAUUUGUAAAUUUAAUUGAUUAAUUGAUGGUAGUAUCUAAAUUAUGUUUAUUCAUUCAUUGGUGGUCAGUAGUGUUGUAAAAAGCUGUAUGUGUGCAAUGAAAUAUGACUAGUGUACCUGCAAGAGUUUGGCUGAUGGCAAAUGUGAAUGCACUAUAAGUUUUUUCAUUCUUUAUAGUUACAGAAUUAAAAAUGUAUAUUUAAAUUUACUAUUAUCUUUGAGCAUAGACUCCUCUUGCCCAUAAAAUAACCCCCCUUAAGCCAAUUUGCCCUUAUUCAUCUUUGGUUUGUAUUCAAUAAUGAAAGCAAAGUAACUGUUCUUGUUCCUCUUUACCAUAACUAUGUCAAUAAUUUGAGAUAAUAAGCCCCUGUUUUUAGUUCUGGAUAUUUUUUUUUUUACUUUAGUGCAAUUUCAGUGGCUGAAGUAAGAGAAAAAAGAAAUUGUAAUUUCCUUAAUGUGUUCUGGGAACAAUUUUACCAAAAGUGCUGAUUUCAAGAUUUUUUUUAUAGUUUUGUAAUUGAGCCUGAUUAUGCAUUUGCAACUGUAUCUUCACUUUUGCCAUGUUAAAUUUCCAGCAGUAUGGUAAAUCUUUAAAGGAUGAUAUAGUUGAUGUCUGAAUAUUUUGAAAAGUCUUAUAAAUACAAAGUAAGGAAAUUGUAAAACAGCUAAGUAUUCUGUUGCUUCUUUAUCAUUAUAAGCCAUUGCAGUUAUAGUUAAAUAAAGUUUGGCAUCAGAAGUAUCUAAGUAAGAAAAUUGGAUUAUGGUAGUUUAUAACUUGUCGGUAAUUCAUUUUGACAAAUUUAUGAUGUUUAUAUUUUUGUUUCUAGGUCAGGGCAAUUUUAAUGUCUUACUGUUUAAAGAAGAAAUUUAGAUAAGGCAUGCAGCUUUUAUGAAAAUUCUAUACCAAGAAUAUUUACAGACUUAUAUUACAGGCAGUAUAGUAGUAUGUUCAACUGGUUACCACCAAGAACUUAGUGUAGUUAGAGACUUGUGCAAUAAAUUCAAAACUGGUGUGUAAUCUUUUUAGCAUAUAGGAUAACUUCCAUGUAAGUAUACACUUUCAAAGCCAUUGCUGUCAGUUUUACUAGUCUUAUAAUAACAGUUCGUAUCUUGUAGUUGAGGGUUAGCUAAUUACAAAAAUCUGAAAAAUUUCUUUUUGUACACAGUAAUAGUACUAUGCAUAUCUAUACAUAUGUUGUUGGAUGGAAGACUUUCCUUACCCCAUAAUCAAUAAACUAGUUACGUAUUAUGUGUAUAGUUCUGUACACAGGAUUUUAAAUUUACCCAAGAAAAACAAUAGAAUCACUAUUCCUUCUUUACAGGGAUUUUUAUUAUAUGUGCCAAAGGAUAGUAGAAAAUUGAAAACUUUAAAAAGUGAAGACAGCUUUCAUUCUUUUCUUGGUCUACAGCAUAAAAUCUUUUUUUUCCAGUAUGAAUGAAACUUCUUCCAUCACUCUCAUUCAAGAAAGAAUUAAUCUUAGAGACCUUAAGUUAUAUAAGCUUAUAAUACCAUGUUAAUAAUUUUUCAGCAUCUGAAUUAGUCAAAUGAAUUUCCAUUCACAUUGUAUACUUUUUAUUGUUUUGAAAGAACUGUAAAUUGAUUACAAACAUCAACACAGUUUUAAUUUAUGAUGCUUGGUAUGUUUAUAUUAAGGACAUUUCCAUAGCUAAUCAGUGCUUAUUACUGAGUUAUGGCCCAUUUUUCGUUUGUAAUUUCCUUUUCUGGAAAAUAGCAUUGACAAUCAGAAGAACUAAGUUUUAUUUGGUACUUUCUAGCCAAGUAAGAAACUACAAUUUAAUGAAAAAAACUGCUGGUUAUAAUUAAAGGCAACUUAUCCAAAGCCACUUUUUUAUCAGAAUUAAUAGAAUAAUGCUUAAAUGUUUAUAGGUGCAGUAAUCUUAUUGCUUAUUGAAGUUACAAAACAGUUUUAUUUGUGUUUUUUGCAAGUCUUGACAUUAAUAGAAGUUGCACAGUAAGUUUAUUUCUCUGCACAGUGCCAAGGAAAAUAGGAAUGAAUGACUAAACUGUAGAUUUUAGGUAUGGGUCUGGACUCAUUGACGCAAUUUGGCAUUGUCAUGGUAAAGGAGAUAAGGAAUAGAAAGUACAUAAAACACUAGUUAUGGGAAAUUUAUGCUCUAUAAAUCCAAAGAUAAGGUGUUAUUCUCUGUUGCAAGUGGAGUGAAUGCCAAGGUGAUUUGCAAUCAGGUUUUAUGGAAAAUAAGCAAAGGUCUUCUUUGAAUAGUUCAUUUUCAUUCUACUUCAAAGCAAUUAUAAACAUAAGUAGCCUGUAUAGAUACAAAAGGCUGAUAAAUUGUGGCCAUUUUCUUUAAUCAACAAAGUUUCUUGUUAAUAUAAUCAAGAUGUCAUGUUUUUUCAAUAAAUUUCUAUAGACUGCUGAAUUGAAAUGUUUAUAAAUGGGUACACUGCCAGUCAUUACUGUCUCAACAAAAAAAUUAGCACUAUAUUAUAAAAUCAAGUAGCUUUUACUUUUUUUCAGGAGAGGGUAAGAUGGCUGCUUAUUGAUUUGUAUCCCUAUUACAUGGUGGAAAGAAGAUUACUUUUAUAGAUAAACAAAUGAUUAAAUGGAAUAUAUAGCUAAUAAGAGUAGUAUCAGUGUUAUGUAAUCAAUGGAUCAUGAGGCUGAACUAAAGCAAAACUUGCUGUUGAUUAGUUGAUCUUGCACCUUAAUCCCACUAAAUGUUUUGCAUUACAUUGGUAUCACUAUACUUAGUGGUUUUGAAUAUUUUAUGAUUCAUGGUGUUACUUUGGCUGAACUUUCUUUUUCACAGCAUCUAAAAAAAUGGUGCCAGAGUGAGUUAUUAAAGGUAGUUUAACCUGACCACAGUGCUAAAUGUCAUAUCUCCCAGGUAACUCUGAAAAUUAUAAGCUAGAAUUUAUAAAUCACCUUUAUGAUUGGGUACAUUAAAAAAAUGUUGAAGAUUUGGAGAAAUUCAUUUUAAAGGACUUUUAUACCCUUGUUUUAGUAGAGAUCAUGGUAUUAGUGAUAUGCUUAAGAACUUUGAUUCUGUUAUUAAUGAAACACUUUUCUGUUUGGAUGUCAGCAGCCAUCCAUGACCUUUAUCUUUACACAGGAGUUUGAUUUAUACGAGUGCCAGAAGUAUCAUGCUAGGCCUAUUUUCACAAGGACUGUUUCAACAGGGAACUUCCACUAGUGCCUUUAAUACUUACCCCAUAAAUUUUGAGGUGCCCUGUUGUCAGGCUGCCAGUACAAGUAAUCAUUCCUUUUACUGGUUUACAGUGGAACGGUCGUCCUGACAGUGUUCUUUGGGCCUAGUACGUUUUUAAAGUGUCAUGCACCAUUGCUUUGUUUUUUCUGACUUGUAUUGCUGUGUACUAACAUAAAGUAUUUUUUCUGAUAUAUAUCUAUCCUUUUAUUAUUUCCAUUUUUUUCUCGUUUGCCUUUGCAUUUUAUUCUGUUGAAAUUUGCCUGAAUCAUUUGGUGGUUUCCACUUCUAAUUGGUCUUUCAUAGCACUCGAUAGAUUGAACUAAAGGUCCUCUACAGCAUUCCCAAGUUUCAUUUAAGAACAAAUACUUAAGCAAGUUGUGUGUGAGUCAAAUUAAGUCAUUUGUUGGUCUUAUUAAAGUACUUUGUAUUGAGAAUAAGAAGCUUCCUUUACAAGGUACAUGGCCUCUUAUGCUUGUUCCAUGUGAUAUACCUACUCUGGUACUCACUCCCAGUAAUGUUCUUGUUCAAGUUCAUUGCUGAUUAAUCCUAUUGAUUCCUGGAGGGUAAACACAUACACUGCAUGCUUCUAGAAGUUUUUUUUACUUGUGGUAAAUUAAUUGUUCAUGGCUUGAGGUAAAUUAAUUGUUCAUGGCUUGAUGUUGGUAAUGGUGUGAUUUGUAAAGUAAAUACUUACUCUUAUUGUAUGUAGAAAGAGGAGGACAAUGAAAAUAAGUCAAAAUGACAUGUUGAUGUUGGUACAAAAAUUUCUGCAGAUAAUGUCACAUACAGUUAUACGUAUAUAGAAUCUAAAGAGGUGUUUUUGGCAUAGACUGCAUAUUAUAUCAUCAGAAUCUAAGAGGCUGAAGGCUUAUAUCGUAGGUUAGCUUAGAUGAAUUAUUAUCUCUGAAAUCAAUUUUGUUAUCGCUAGUCAGUACAAAGGAAUUCUCUGAGGUAGUAUAAUUCCCGUAAGUGCUACUUGAGUUAUUGUGACACUACAGCAACUAUUGUUACAAACAAUAUUUUCAUGAGUCUUGAGACUUGAAAUAAGGGAAGUGUUAAGGUAUAUGGGGAAAAAUAUCCCAACAUGUUAUUUGUUCACUUAUUGUACAUUGUAUGUAUUGGUUGAGGAUCAUAUUUGAAAGGAGGUUUUAAGACAGGAACUUGAAAUUUUAGUUUGAAUGAAAGAGCACAGCAGUGUGGGUUGGUUUGUAAGUUUUAUACAGCUGUGUAAAAGCAAAAAAUUUAAAGGAGGAACCAGCCACCAACACAGUUUUUCAGUAUAAUAAAAAUGUGUGCUGAAAAUUAUGUUCCUGAAAAGAGAAGUUAUAUUGGACAACUGCUUUAAGAGUGAUUCAAGUGAUCCUUUUGCAUAUAACAUGGAAAAAUACUGGAUAAGAAACGAGCUUAAUGUUGUACUUGAAAGGCUAUUGCAUAUCACUGUGCUAUUAAUUAACCCACUGAGGUAAAUUACUAUAAAAGAUUUUGCUCAGCCAUGAAUCAAAUUUUUUUUAAUUACAAAAAAUGUAUGUAGUGUCGUAGUUUGAGAGUAAAACCAAGAAUUUAGUAGAUAAUAGUAAUGGCCUUGAAAGCAUUAGCUUAGAAUGCUCUUUUAUACUAUAUUAAUGUACAAAUUAUAAAAAAGCAAGAUUUUUCAAAAAUUAAACGUGUAUUUUUUAUUCAACGUGUAUCAUGAUUGUCACAUUCUUUUAUGGCAUGUGUAUGUAACCAGAUAACUCAGGAAAACUGGUCAUUCAUUAAUAAACAAGCAGCUACAUAGGUAACACUUUGCUCUCUAAAGAUAUAAAACUUAUUGAAAAUCCAGUGUUAGCAACAGUAAAAAAAAUGCCAUAAGUGAAUGGUGGCUGUGGUUAUGUACAAUAUGUUGACCUUGAAUGCCAGGUAAUGGCUGUACUGAGACAGAAUCUGUGAUAAAGUGUUUUGUACUUAGAUAAUUCUGUGUAGUAGUGUCAGUGCUUGUCAAGUUUUAGAUGAAGUUUCUAUUCUUCUGUCUCAUAUGUUGCCAUGUAUAUUAUUAGAAUUGAAAUCUGAUAGCUAAGAAUCUGAAAUUAAGUAAAAGCCUGUAAAUGUUGAGGAAUUGAGAUCUAAAUAUGGUAAAAGUAAUAUUGAUUUUUGUCAUUUUCAAGGGUAAGUAAAAGGUUAAAGCAUUGGCAAAUUAUGAAACAUUUUUGUUCGUGACAUAUUUUACUUAAGGAUGGGAUUUAGUUUGAUAACAUAUUAGUAGUAUGACACAUAAGUCGUUUGAAAAACUGUAUUUCCUGGCAUCAAAGACGAUAUUUUUCCUAACAUAAGCCUUGGGAAUUUACUGUGUAGUACAGGUCUAAGGUUAUGUUCUCAUCAACUUAUCCCAACUCCACAAGAAGUUAUCUUUGCUAGAGAGUAAUAAGAACUCCUGUACAUGACCUCUGAAUGAAGUGUAUGAAUUAUAUUACAAAAGUAUCAUGAAGAAACAAAAAAAUGUACACAGUUAUAAAGAUUCAUUCCCAUAUCGGCAAAUUAUGGUAGUCGAGUUAACAGAUGGGUAGUAAUUUAAAUGUUGAAUAUCAAUAUUACCAGUAUUUUUGCUCUUCUCAGAUAACCCUGGCCUUAAGGGAACAUAAUUAGCAAACUAAUAAUGCAAUACGUACUAUGUUAAAAGAUUUUAUGGAUAUAUCUUACUAAUUAAAUGGAACUUUUGUAAUGAGGUGCUUUAUUUAUAAUUUCUUCAGAAAUUCUCCCUGACUUUUUAUAAUUGGUAAUAAUAUGCAAAUUAUUUCAGGUUUUGAAGAAAAAAAGUUUUUUCUUUGUAACAUCUGUAUUUUGUGGAUUUUAAUCUUUUUCUGUUGUUCUUUUUUUCUGUUUGGGAUGUCAAGUGUUCUGUUUUAAUGCAGCACAAUAAAAUAUUAUAUAUUUAAAAUUUCCUAUUUUCUUUUUUAAUUUUCUUUUAACUGAGAUUAGGAAAAAGAGUUUUGCAUAAGCCUACAUCCAUUACUGACAUAAUCUUAGAACACUGCACCACCUGAAACCUCAACCAUUUGGAUACAGACAUAUUGACCAUUGACCUUGGAAAUAUCUGAUGCAACAUGGUGGGUGGGUCAGUUGAUAUUGUAUAUGGUACUUCUUUUUCUGUCUCAAGUUUAUGAGUUUGCUGGUGUGUUAGCGCCAACAAAAUUAUAACUAAUAUCAAAAUAAGUGAACUUGAAAAAACAGUAAACCAAGUAUGUAAUACUUAAAACAAAUGCACUGAAAAAACUACAGUAAUCAGUAUGCUGUAUCAUCAUACUGAUUAUUGGUUAUUGCUCCCAUCUGAUAUAUGCAGUGCACCAACCAAACAAAAUCACUGCCUUAUAAGUGUUUCUACCAUAUUUUUGUCAAUUUUUUCCCCCAAAAUUCAAUAAGUCAAAAUUGUAUUACAUCUUAAAGGUCAUACUGUCUUUGAUGGUGGGAAAUAUGUCAAGUUUAUAAGAACAAAAAAAUCUUAUUGUAAUUUUGGAUAUGGUACUUUUGUAAUUAAGCAAGUUUUUUUCAUACUUCCCUGUGUACUAUAGUAGUUUAAAUCAGUGCAUGGGUUUCUGCUACAUUCGAAAUCCAAUUACAUCUUUUAAAACUUGCCACUAAACUAUGUUUUAUAAAAAAAAUAUAUUGAACUACUCACUCACUUUGUAUACAACACAAUGAAAAUGAUAGUAAGUUUGUCAUCUCAAAUGUCUAGAGCUAAAAAGAGGAGUACAUUUAAAAAAAAUUUCUGGGUAAUGUUAACUGUGGCUUGGAAUGACCAACAUGUUUCAAUUAUGUCAAUUAAUCAACUACUGAACAUUUCACUUACUAUUUCACUCAUAGAGAUUGUUUUCAAUUAGACUGAAUCAUCUCUCUAAACUUUUGUAGAGUUUGCCCAAAAGAUCUGAUCUUGAAAGAGGUAGGCAUGGGAGUUGGAUAAAGUUGGAGAAGUUUACAGCUAAGUGGGUUGAGACCAGAGGGAAUUAAUGUAAUAUACAAAAAAAAAUCAGCAUACCCAGGUAAUAGGGUUGUUUCUUAGAUCUACAUUUAUGCUUAUAGUGUUCUCUGUAUGGUAUACUGUUUAUGGUACAAAUUUUUUUCUCCAUCUGCAAGCAGGAUUGCCCUUUGCCCUUCACCUUUGACUUAUUUGUAUUGGUCAGUUUACCAGCUUUUUCAUGUGAUUCUGAUUCAAUUUUAAUCUCUUAAUUGAGAACAGAUCCUUUGGGCAGCUCUGUGAGUCUUGUAAAUUAAUAUUGUUUGGUGGUCUCCUAACCUGCUUUACAAAAAUAAAGCACUGUCAACAAUUUGCUGCGCAAGACAAAACACUGCAGGUAAUACCCCUUUACAUGUGUAUGUUUUCAUGCAAUCCAUGAAAAAACUUACAAACUGCAGAUGGAACUUUAAUCAAUGUAAAUGAUAACCAGGGUAAAAGAUAGGGAACAUAAUUAAGUAGUAAAAGUGAAGUCUAGCUUCUAAGAAAAUCAUGUGGUUUUCAGGCCUUAACAUGUUGAAAGACUUAUCUAUAUGUUUCAGUUUUACUUUAGGAUGGGCAAAAAGAGGCAGAAAGUCCUUUUAAAGAUCUCAGUUUGUAGGUAAAGGGCAUUGGCUUAAUUGGUUUUUUCAAAUAGUCCCAAGUUUAUGAUCUGAGCUAUUGCUAGAUGAAAGCCAAUGUGAAGUAUUAUAAUAUGGAAAAGCUAAUUUUGCAAGUGAAGGUAGAUGCUGAAAAUUCUAUGGCAUGAGAGCUUUCUAUCUACUUUUAACUUUACAUAUUCUUCAAAUAUUUGUUUUUGUAUUACUUUUUGUUAUAUAUAGUAUGCGAUAUAGUUUCCUUCAUACACGCCAAGUCGGAAUUUCUAGAAGAAUCAAGAGCCCCUUACAUCAGUGACAUUCAAGAUACUAUUAACAAAAGUAGAAUGGCAAUAUGAUGCUAAAUAAAAACAAAACUGUUUUUUAUCAAGACAUUUUUACACAUUUAAAUUCCUAAAACUGGUCGUUUAAAAAAUACAAGACAUUUUUACACAUUUAAAUUCCUAAAAUUGGUCAUUUAUAAAUUUAAACCGUUAAAUGAGUAGUAGUAGAUUUAUUUGAAUUGUUAAAUGAGUAGUAUGACUAAUGAUUGUGGAAAUGAAAUGGUUUAUUAACAAAUAUAUAAUUUUAUAUACGUAUACUUUAAUUGAUAUCAUUUUGGGGCUUUUUUCUUCUACUUAUUUUUAAUGGUAAGCAAACUAUAUAUGAAAAUAUAAAAGCCAAUUUUUUUAAAUUGAAACAUUAUGUGGGUUUUGAACUUUUCAAACUGAUUUACAAAUAAGAAUAGAAGAUUUCAAAAUGAAGAAAAAUUAUAUGUAAUAGUACUGAAAUAUAGGAAAGAGUUUUGCUCAUGUUAAGGUAAAUAUUUGUGUACGUGCGGUAAUCCAUAGGACAAGAGAAAACGAUAAUGUAAAUUUCAGCAGACCUUUCCCCUGGCCGAUGCCCUUACAGUGUUGUAAGUUUUCUUUUAUAUAUAUAUUUUUGAAACUUUUUAUUGUUUUAUAUUUUAAGUUUUCCAGUACAAGUAGUGUUCCACUGUUUUAUCUAUUAGCCUCCUUUCACAACUUGAGGUUGAUUCAUAUUAAAGUAAGGUUACAUGUUAAAAUAACUAUGGUCACUUGGUUAAAGUGAAUCUAAGGAGUAGGAUCCAGUUACUGUGGAAAGUACCAGCUUUGUUUCUGAAAAUCUUUAUAUGUAAAUCAAGUUUAUGAGGAAUUAUCCAAUGGAAUAAUGUUUCCACAACAUAACUUUGGUAAUUUGCCAUAAAAAAGUGUAAUAGGAGUUAAAAUUUCUUUGAAAUAAGCUGAGCAUUGUUAUCUGUGGGUUCUUUAGGUUGUGUAAACAUUCUUAUGUGGUGUACUGGAUGUUACUAUGUAUGAUUGUGAUAAGCAUGCUCUUGUAAAUUUUUGACUUGUGAAUGUUGAAAUUUAAAUUGCUUUUGAUUUAGUUAACCUAAGGGUGACUUCCCCUUCCAUGUAAAGAUGAAUUGUAAAUUUAUUAAUAUUUUCAAAAAAACUGUAGCUUGUAUGGUCUAGUUUUAGUUUCUUUAAUGAUAAAAUUUGGCUUGAUAGCAUUUAUCUUAUCAAAUAUACAGUAAUAAAAGUAUAUCCAAUGAAAUAUUCAGGCAAUAAUAAAAGAGUAGAAAAUUUAUUUUCUUGGUAACAGUAAGGAGCCUUGUAUCACUUUAGCCGACAUUUUCAACACGUUACUAUAGAUGAUAUACAUUCAAGUAAUUAAGUUUUAUAUUUGAAGUAUGUUAUGGAAGUAUUCCUCCUUCCUUUUCAUUUACAGUACCAGUUUGUGACAUGAUUUGGAUGACUUUGUGAACGUGUAUUUCUUUCUUUUUGUAGGUUUCCAUGAAAAUUAAGUUAUAGGUUGUAAUGACUUAUAACCAUUUUUAAUGGUUAGAAAAUUAGUUCACGGAAAUUACAAGCAUUGCUAUCUAUAUAUAUAUACAUAUAUAUAUAUAAUUGUUAUAAAUGUGAAUUAAAUAGUUCUAAAAUUA